UAUGGCAACACCACUUUUAAACUGUCAUCUCCAGAAUUGUGGUCUUUUUUUGCUCCGUCAAUGUUAUUUUCGAAAAUAAACAAUUUACUAUGAAAUUGGAAUAAUAAAGCCAUAAAACGAGGUUAUAAUUAUAGAAUUUGUUGCGGUUUGCAAUAAAAUGGCUUUUAAGUACUUCUUUUGUGUUCUUUUGACUUACAACAUGUUGUUGUCGUGCGCCUCGGCGGCGGUGCAUGGGCACGGCGUGGACAACUUGGAGCGGGAGACGGACGGCAGCUUCCGCGCGCGGGACUACGAGCACUACGGCGACUCCGGCCACAACUCCGAGUUCGACCACGAAGCGAUACUAGGGAGCGUGCGAGAGGCCGAGGAGUUUGACAAGCUCAGCCCAGAGGAGUCAAAGCGGCGGCUGGCUCUGCUGCUGCCGAAGAUGGACCUCAACGGAGACCAGCAAGUGGACCGGAAAGAACUUAAGAACUGGAUAUUGAAAUCUUUCAUCAACCUGUCUCGUGAGGAAGCACAGGAGCGUCUUCAAGAAGCAGACGAGGACCGUGACGGAGCGGUAACCUGGCUGGAGUACUUGCAUGAUACGUUUGGAGUUGAUUCAGAAGAUGAUGUCGGACCUGAUGACACUGGGGACUCAGGAAUGUUACUGCAAGAAGAGAAGGCGAUGUGGGCGAUAGCUGACGCCAACAGCGAUGGGAAACUUGAAAUUCACGAAUUCCAGGUGUUCACGAACCCUGAGGAGCACGAGGAGAUGCACCAGAUCCUGAUCAACCAGACCCUGAGGGAGAAGGACACCAACAAGGAUGGGCGCAUUGACUUCAAUGAGUACGUCGGGGAGAGAGGUAACCACCAAGACAAGGGCUGGUUAAUAUCCGAGAAGGACAAAUUCGACAACGAUUUAGAUCUGAACAAGGACGGAGUUAUCGACAUGGCCGAGAUACACACGUGGAUUAUACCUAACAAUGAUGAAAUAGCAGACGAGGAAGUGGACCACCUGUUCGCUUCAGCAGACGACGACCACGACGACCUCCUAUCAUUCGAGGAGAUACUCCGUCACCACGACGUGUUCGUCGGCAGCGAGGCCACGGACUACGGCGGCGAUCUCAUGGGAGAACACUUCGACGAUGAGCUCUGAACCAUCUGUUUUGUAGCUCUUCGCGUUGCUAUUAGAAUACGUUGAGAGUGAGUGUUAAAGUGGGGAGUACUUGCUUUUUUUGCCGAUUUAAGUU